AUUUCCCAGUGGCUUAACAUGAUCCGUUUCCGAUCGUUCAUCGUGUAAAUACAUCGUUUCAUGACAUGUUCCUCACUGGAAAAAUGCGGCCGGAGCCAUAAGUACGAUGGGAUUUGAGUGCAUAGUCCAUAACCAUUUCCUAUCACUAUGGCCUCUGUACAACCCGCUCCGAACCCCCAACAACUUUGUUCGUACUGCCAUCGUAAACCAAAGUUCAACAACUUCGAAUAUUGCGGAAAGACCUGCGCCAAAGAAGCAAAGCAAGCCGCGAAUUCCAAUUUAUGCAACUACUGCCACCAGAAGCCCAAGUUCGCUAAUCACGAAUUUUGUGGAAAGAAAUGCGCAACUUCCGCUGCCGCCGUGACGCAGACGACUCCCAAGGCUUGCAACACAACCGGUGGAGCAACUACCGGGUCUUCGACGAAGGGGAAUCCGACUCCGCCUAUCAAGACAGCACCUAUCAGCUUGCCCGUGACGCUGCAGAGUGGUCAAGUCAUCGAUGUGGCUGAUCUUGCGCGCACUAUAAUCCAGCAGAUCCCUCAGCUCCAAGCGUUAGUUUCAGGUGGAAAUGGUCAGCCCGUCGAUGUUAACCAGAUUGCAUCCCAAUUGGCCAGUAUGCUUGCCCCGGGAUCGCAGACAGGCCCUACCGCCCCGGGCCAGACGAACGGUACUUCGCCGUCGUCGUCUUUUGUUGCAGCUAUAUCUCAACUACCGCCCAGCCCCACCGUCAUCUCACACUCUGUCAACUAUACUUUCUCAAGUCGUGGCCAAGAUGAAGACCCAGAGCUCGAGUCACUGAACAGCCCUACCGUCAUAGGCACACCCACGUUCCCCCAAGAGUCGCUUUGUAUCAUGUGCGGGAUGGAGCCUCAAACUUAUUAUGACUACUUUUGUGGAGAUGAAUGUAAGGACAACGCUUUGCACAAAUACGGCAAAUCUUCUACUUUCUAUACUUAAUGUUCACUACUCGCGGAGCAACGUCUUGUCAUAGAGUAAUCGAUAUAACCUUUUCCUUCUUUCUGUAUCUCUUUUGAGGCUUUGCAAGACGGUG